AGAAAGCGAACGGCAAGACAGUCCGCGGCGGCACAGACACAAUGUCAGCGACUGUGUAAGCGGGUGCGCUGCAUCCCAAAGAAAGAACGCUGCGCUGUUUUGGUGAAAGAAGCGUUUAAAUGGUUUCAUAGUGAUUUUUUUUAUAAUGACGGCAGAAUUGCAAAGCCGUAGCCUAUCUGUUGUCGUCGCUGCUGCUCACGCGCCAAGGAGCAUCGUCGCCAGUAACGUUAAGCUAAGCCGAUAAAGAAAAAGGAAAAUCAAGCUAUUUAUAACCCUCGUGCUGCUGUAGGCCUACUUCAUCUACCACCGGGGACGUUAGAAGCAUGUCGGCCGGCCAGGACGAAAGUUCGGUGCGCGUGGCGCUGAGGGUCCGUCCCCAGCUGGCGCGGGAGAAGAUUGAGGGAUGUCACAUCUGCACGUUUGUGACGCCAGGUGAGCCGCAGGUGAUGCUGGGGAAGGACAAGGCCUUCACCUACGACUUCGUCUUCGACAUGGACACCACGCAGGACCUCAUCUACACCGACUGCACCGAGAAGCUCAUCGAGGGCUGCUUUGAGGGAUACAACGCCACCAUCUUCGCCUACGGACAGACGGGUUCGGGGAAGACCUACACCAUGGGUACAGGGUUCGACGUGAACAUCGGGGACGAGGAGCUGGGCAUCAUCCCCAGGGCCGUGGGCCACCUAUACCGGGGCAUCGAGCAGCGCAGGCAGGCCGCCAUAGAGCAGGGCGCCCCUGUGCCCGAGUUCAAGAUCAACGCCCAGUUCCUGGAGCUGUAUAACGAGGAGGUGCUGGACCUGUUUGACUCCACGCGGGACAUGGAGGCUCGUAAGCAGAGGUCCAACAUCCGCAUCCACGAGGACGCCAACGGGGGCAUCUACACCGUCGGGGUCACCACACGCAACGUCACCUCCGAGGCAGAGAUGAUCCAGUGUCUGAAGUUGGGUGCUCUGUCCCGCACGACGGCGAGCACGCAGAUGAACGCGCAGAGCUCUCGAUCCCACGCCAUCUUCACCAUCCACCUGUGCCAGGUGCGCGUCUGCGCCAACCCCAGCGGCAGCGACAAGGAUGGAGAGACGGACAACCGGCUGGCCAAUGGCUCGGGCGAGAUGAACGAGUUUGAGACGCUGACGGCUAAGUUCCACUUUGUGGACCUGGCCGGGUCGGAGCGGCUGAAGCGGACUGGCGCCACGGGGGACCGGGCCAAAGAGGGCAUCUCCAUCAACUGCGGCCUGCUGGCAUUGGGGAAUGUGAUCAGUGCUUUGGGGGACCGGAGCAAGCGCUCAACGCAUGUGCCGUACCGAGACUCCAAACUCACACGGCUGCUGCAGGACUCUCUGGGGGGCAACAGUCAGACGGUGAUGAUCGCGUGCAUCAGUCCGUCCGAUCGGGACUUCAUGGAGACGCUGAACACGCUGAAGUACGCCAACCGGGCGCGCAACAUCAAGAACAAGGUGGUGGUGAACCAGGACCGCGCCAGCCAGCAGAUCAGCGCCCUGAGAACCGAGAUCGCCCGCCUGCAGAUGGAACUCAUGGAGUACAGGACGGGUAAGCGUAUGGUGGGAGAGGACGGUGUGGAGUGUGUGAACGACAUGGUGCAUGAGAACGCCAUGCUACAGACGGAAAACAGCAACCUGCGCAUGAGAGUCAAGGCCAUGCAGGAGACCAUCGACGCCCAACGCACACGCCUCACACACCUGGUCACCAGCCAAGCACUCAGCAAGAGCGGAGAGGGCAGUGAGGAGAUUGGCAACAUGAUCCAGAACUACAUCAAAGAGAUCGAGGAGCUGAGGGCGAAGCUGCUGGAGAGCGAGGCGAUGAGUGAGGGUCUGAGGCGGAACCUGACGCGGGCGUCCGGUCGCCCGGGGUCCCUCUACGCAGGAGGCGGAUCCUUCGCCAUCGCACCCGAGAAAGAGGCCUCCGAGAUCCUGCAGAUCGCCAAGAAGGACCUGGAGAAGCUCAAGAAGAAGGAGAAGAAGAAGAAGAAGAGACUUCAGCAGCAGGAAGAAACACAGUCAGAGGAGCUGGAUCAUGACAGUGUGGUCCGAGAGGGAACACCAGACAACGAGCUGGAGAGAGAGGGGCAGGAGCGCACCAGUGAGGAGGCAGAAGGGGAGGGCAGUGACCAUGAGGAUGGCGAGGAUAACGAGGCGGAUGAGGAGGACAGUGACAUGGAGGUGGAGGAGAGCUCAGACAACGAGUCCGACUCAGAACUGGACGACAAGGGAGAAGAGAGCUUCCAGGCGGACCUGGCCAACAUCACGUGUGAGAUCGCCAUCAAGCAGAAGCUGAUCGACGAGCUGGAGAACAGCCAGCGGAGACUACACACACUCAAGCAGCAGUACGAGCAGAAGCUCAUGAUGCUGCAGACCAAGAUCAGAGACACACAGCUGGAGAGAGACCGCGUACUGCACAACAUGGGCUCGGUGGAGACGUGCACGGAGGAGAAGGCGAAGAAGAUCAAGGUGGAGUACGAGCGCAAGCUGAGCUCCAUGAACAAGGAGCUGCAGAAGCUGCACUCGGCCCAGAAGGAGCACGCGCGCCUCCUCAAGAACCAGACGCACUACGAGAAGCAGCUCAGGAAACUGCAGCAGGACGUCUCCGAGAUGAAGAAGAUGAAGGUUGGCCUGAUGAAGCAGAUGAAGGAGCAGCAGGAGAAGAACCGUGCCUCAGAAACGAGACGGAACCGAGAGAUCGCCACACUGAAGAAGGAUCAGAGGAAGAAGGAGCAUGUGAUGAGGCAGAUGGAGGCCCAGAAGAGGCAGCAGGAACUCGUUCUGCGCAGGAAGACUGAGGAGGUGACAGCACUGCGGAGGCAGGUGAGGCCAGCCUCAGGUAAGGUGCAGCGGAAGGUGAGUCUCCCAGAGGCCAGUCAUGACGUCCCUCACCGGUCCACGCCCACUCCGACCAGACCACACACACCUGGAGCUGCACCUGCCAACGGCACCAGACGGUACCCAGUGCGAGGGGUUUAUUCCACCAGGACGGCCCGCGCCAAGUGGCAAUCACUAGAGCGACGCAUCACCGACAUCGUCAUGCAACGCAUGACCAUCACCAACAUGGAGACCGACAUGAACCGCAUGCUCAAGCAAAGGGAGGACCUCACCAGGCGCCGUGAGAAGGUGUCUCGGAAGCGUGAGAAGAUCGCCACGGAGGGGACGGACGCUGACCGCACGCUGGGCUCACUGAGCGAGGAGCUGGAGUCCCUCAGCGCCAACAUCGACUACGUCAACGACAGCAUCGCAGAGUGCCAGGCCAACAUCAUGCAGAUGGAGGAGGCCAAGGAGGAGGGCGACACAGUGGACGUUUCUGCGGUGAUCAGCUCCUGUACCCUAUCUGAAGCACGCCUGCUGUUGGACCAUCUCCUGUCCAUGGCCAUCAACAAGGGUCUGCAGGCGGCGCAGAAGGAGUCCCAGAUCAAGGUGAUGGAGGGCCGUCUGAAGCAGACGGAGAUCACUAGCGCCACACAGAACCAGCUGCUGUUCCACAUGCUGAAGGAGAAGGCCGAGCUCAACCCCGAGCUGGACGCGCUGCUGGGCAACGCCCUCCAGGAACUAGGUAACGUGCAUUCAGAAAAUGGGGACGAGAGCAGUAGUGAUGAGUCAGCCCAAAGCCCAGCUACUGAGGGCAGCUCUUUGGCAUCAGACCUUAUGAAGCUCUGUGGAGAAGCCAAACCCAGGAAGGCGCGUCGGAGGACCACCACUCAGAUGGAGCUGCUGUACGCUGACCCGUGUGCGGAUGCGGCGCCGGAGGAGUUCACGCCGCCCCUGCUGCCCACGGUGGAGAGCCCAGAGGGAGGGCACCUCCUGGGGGACCGGGACGCCGCCGUCUCCCCCUCCGCACUCACCUCCAGAGCCAUAUCCGGGGCCAGGUCUCCCACGGCAACGGAGCGGCGGGCACUGGACCGGUCACCCCUCACGCGGAGGAGAAUGUUGGAGAAGGGCCAGACGUCCAUCGAGAAGGCCAAACCAGCCGAGAACCGACCGGGGGUGAUCAACGCCGUGCAGGGGGGCAGGGAGGCACGCGGGGCCAAGCUGCAGUGUGUGCAUGUGGCGGAGGGCCACUCCAAAGCCCUGCUGUGUGUGGACGCCACCGAUGACCUGCUCUUCACCGGCUCAAAGGACCGUACGUGUAAGGUGUGGAACCUGGUGACGGGGCAGGAGAUCAUGUCGCUUGGCGACCACCCCAGCAGCGUGGUGUCGGUCAGAUACUCGUCCAGCCUGGUCUUCACCGUGUCCACCGCCUACAUCAAGGUCUGGGACAUCCGCGACUCUGCCAAGUGCAUACGCACACUCACUUCCUCUGGUCAGGUUACCCCCGGCGACAGCUGUGCUGCCCUUGGCAACCGCGGCGUGACUAUUCCGCCCGGUGAGAACCAGAUCAACCAAAUCGCCCUCAACCCCACCGGAACCUUCCUGUACGCCGCCGCAGGGAACGCCGUACGCAUGUGGGACCUCAGGAGGUUCGUGUCUACUGGAAAGCUAACUGGUCACCAUGGACCGGUCAUGUGCCUGACCGUCGGCCAGACCGGAAACGGACAGGACGUGGUCAUCACCGGCUCCAAAGACCACAAAAUCAAGAUGUUUGACAUCCUGGAGGGCUCCCAGGGGAGUGUCCCGCCCACUCACAGCUUUGACCCCGCCCACCUGGACGGCAUCGAGUCGCUGGCCGUGCACGGAGACGUCCUCUUCAGCGGCGCCCGAGACCACAGCAUCAAGAGAUGGGACCUGUCCCGCAAACACCUGCUACAGAUGUUUGACAUCCUGGAGGGCUCCCAGGGGAGUGUCCCGCCCACUCACAGCUUUGACCCCGCCCACCUGGACGGCAUCGAGUCGCUGGCCGUGCACGGAGAUGUCCUCUUCAGCGGCGCCCGAGACCACAGCAUCAAGAGAUGGGACCUGUCCCGCAAACACCUGCUACAGGUGAGACCUUACACCUGUCCCCCAAACACCUGCUACAGGUGA